AUGAAACUCCCGUUGGUGUUGGUGGCCUCCCACUUGGCCAUGGUCCUGGCAUUACCAAUGCCGGCCAAUUGGUUGAAUGACUUCUUUAGCCAGCUUGGCUACACCACCAACUCCCUUGGCCACUUCGUUAAGGUCGCCGACCAAACUCAGUUCCAGCCUCAACCUGCUGCCGCUGCUACGACUACCGCCGCUCAAGAUAAUGCCGUCGCUGCUGCCGCCGACAACAAAGCAGCCGCCCCAGUCACUGCAACUGACUACAACAACUAUGCGGUCACAAUCACCUACACUUAUGGGAACACCAACACUCCGAAUCAGGCUCCCACCACUCUCGUUCAGGCACCGUCGUCGCUGACGCCGCCUCAACCUCAACCCCAGCCCCAACCUCAAUCUCAACAACAACCACAACCAUCACAGCCCCAGCCUGCCGCAGUAGCAUCGGCGCUGGCGCCACCUCAACCUCAGCUGUCAUCCCUGCUGGCGCCGUCUCAACCCCAACUGUCAUCGCUGUCCAGCAGCUUCCAAUCUUUUGACGCCAACCAAGCAUUCUCUGGUGCUCUCGACGCGGUGUGGAACACUUUUUACCAAAACGGAUCGUUUGAUGAUGAAGAUCCCAAGUGCAACCAGGGCGACCAGGCCCCCGCAGUGUGGCCAAUCGCCAUUACUGGACGGGCCACGGUCGAACUGGGCAAUAUUGACCGCAUUUACAAAGUCAUCGCCAACUUAGAGGACCACAAGAACCCUCAGGGAUGGUUUAGUGCCUCAACGGCUAAGGACAAUGACGUUUAUGUCGACGACAACGCUCAGAUCGCCUGGGUGUACUGCGACGCGUAUCUGCUCACCCAUGACCCUAACCACUUGCAAACCUGCCAACAGUUGGUCGACAACAUCAAGACGCAACAAAUUGACGGUGGCGGGAUUCGCUGGGACUUGAACGGUCACUAUGUUGCCCUGAUUUCCACAAGUGAAGCUGGGUUGGCGGCGCUUAGAUUGUACGAGCAUACUGGUGAUGCUUCGCUCAUUUCGUUCGCCCAAAGCACUUUGAACUAUAUGGAAACCAAGUUGACCGACCCCUCAGAUGGACUUUUUAUCGAUGGUAUUGAUAUCAAUACCAACACGCCCGACAAAGGUAAACUCACCUACACUGUAGGGGUGACGUUGCUGGUUUUGGGAUACUUGAAUAAGUACACUGGUGACAGUCAGUACAUCGACAAGGCCCGCCAGCUUGCUGAGGCCUCUGCUGCAGGGAAGGGCGCAUUCUACAACCAGUUUGGAGUGUGGAACAACCGGUUGCAAUAUGUUCAUUUGCUUUAUCAGGGUUUUGCCGACCUCUGGAGAUUGGUUCCCGGCCAGUUCGACGAUUUCAAACCCGAGGUCAAGCGUGAAUCCGAGUUUGUCCACCAAUACUUGCAAGUUGGUAACCUGAACACGUACGUUGAUGACGCCACUGCUGGCGACAAGCUGGUGUUUGCUAAGUUCCAAGCUCUGUUCACCAACGCCGCCUACGAACCCGAUGCGAACAACUUCUGCGAUAGUAAUGUUAAUGGCCAAAGCAGAAGUCAAUUCAUUAACGGUGGUUCGGCGGCACAGAUCUUCUACGCUGUAAAGGACCUUUAG